AUCGCACAGCACUUUACGCGACGACGCGUCUGCCAACCUUCAAAAUCUUGGAGCUUCCAAUUCAAUACGCACGCCAAUCUCAACAGCCAACGCAAUGGCUCUCAUCGUCGACAAGCAUCGCCCGCGGUCUCUCGAGGCUCUGUCAUAUCACCAUGAGCUCUCCGAACGACUUCAAUCUCUCGCCCAAAGCGGUGACUUCCCCCAUCUCCUAGUCUACGGCCCAUCAGGAGCUGGAAAGAAGACAAGAAUAGUGGCAACGCUGAAGGAGCUGUACGGCCCCGGCGUGGAGAAGAUCAAGAUCGACGCACGAGUGUUCCAGACGUCUAGCAACCGAAAGCUCGAGUUCAACAUUGUCGCCUCAAACUACCACUUGGAAAUCACACCAUCCGACGUAGGGCAAUACGAUCGAGUCGUUGUGCAGGAUCUUCUGAAAGAAGUAGCGCAGACGCAGCAGGUGGACCAGUCGGCAAAGCAGCGUUUCAAGGUGGUCGUUAUCAAUGAAGCAGACCACCUAACCAGAGAUGCGCAGGCCGCACUUCGUCGGACAAUGGAAAAAUACUCUCCCAACCUGCGUCUGAUCCUACUGGCCAAUUCAACAGCGAAUAUCAUUGCGCCAAUUCGUUCAAGAACACUGCUCGUCAGAGUUGCCGCCCCGACCCAUGCCGAAAUCUGUGACGUCCUUGCGCAAUCAGCAAAGAAAGAGAACUGGGAAGUUGUCAAAGGACUCCACCAGCGGAUAGCUGAGGAGAGUGGAAGGAAUCUGCGCCGCGCGCUACUGAUGUAUGAAGCGGUUCACGCUCAGAAUGAGAAAGUAACAGACAGCACGCCAAUCCCACCUGCAGACUGGGAAGCACUGGUCGGCCAGAUCGCCAAAGAGAUCAUCGAGGAACACACCCCGGCAAGGAUCUUGCAGGUGCGCGCUAAGCUGUACGAUCUCCUCACACAUUGCAUCCCACCAACCACGAUUCUCAAGACUCUUACGUUCAAGCUGCUGGGUCUCAUUGACGACGGGCUCAAAGGAGAGGUCAUAAAGUGGUCCGCGUUCUAUGAACACCGAAUCAAGACGGGUACAAAGGUUAUCUUUCACUUGGAAGCGUUUGUCGCAAAAUUCAUGCGCAUCUUGGAAAUGUACCUGAUGAGCAUGGACAUGUAAUUACGGCGACUGGUCACGAUGGCGUCUGGAGUACUAGAAAAAUAAUUGAAAGGAAGCUUUGUUCUGCGGACCCUUUAAUUUUACCACAAGUUGUUCAUUGGCCCCGAAUAUGUCCUACAAAAGAGAAGAAAGGCAAUCUAGCGCUUCAUGUGAUUGUUCAGGCAAACAAAG